AAGGCAUUUAGCCUUUCUUGGUGAAAAAUGCUAAGUGUUGUCAAUCGCAUUCGGGGAUAUGGGAACAGUGCAACAAGAUUUCAUUUACAGAUCAAAGCUUCCUGACAUUCACAUCCACAACCAUCUCCCUCUACUCACCUAUUGCUUCCAGAACAUAUCGGAAUUCAGCUCGCUGCCAUGUCUGAUAAACGGCACCACCGGCGAAAUUUACAGUUACGCAGAAGUCGAGCUCAUUUCAAGAAAAGUUGCAGCUGGUCUUCACAGACUCGGUAUUCAACAAGGUCAAGUAAUCAUGGUCCUCCUGCGCAACUCGCCGGAGUUCGUUUUUGCCUUCCUCGGCGCCGUACAUCGCGGCGCUACCACCACCACCGCCAACCCUUUUUAUACACCGGCGGAGAUCUUAAAGCAAGCUAGAGACUCCAAAACAAGGCUUAUAAUUACACAAGCUUGUUACGUUGACAAAGUGAGGACCUUCGCCCCGGAGAACGACAUUAAGAUCAUGACAAUCGACUCGCCGCAUGAUGGUUGUCUGCAUUUCACCCAGUUGACUGAGUCCGACGAGUCUGCUUUACCAGUUACAGAAGUCUGCCCGGAUGAUGUGGUGGCACUGCUCUACUCGUCGGGAACAACCGGGUUGCCCAAAGGAGUGAUGCUGACUCACAGAAGCAUCACCACAUGCAUUGCUCAACAGGUUGACGGAGAGAAUCCUCACUCGUAUUACCACAGAGGGGACGACGUUACGUUAUGUGUGUUGCCUAUGUUUCACAUCUUCUCGCUCGUCUCGGUGUUGCUCGCUGGACUACGAGUCGGCGCUGCAGUUCUGAUCAUGCAAAAAUUUGAGGUUGUGGCAUUCAUGGAACUGGUUCAGAAAUAUAAAGUGUCGGUUGCAUCGUUAGUGCCUCCGAUCAUUUUGCAGCUCAUCAAGAGCCCAGAUUUCGAUAAUUUCAAUCUGUCGUCGAUCCGGUUGGUGAUUACAGGCGGAGCACCCAUGGGGAAGGAACUUGAAGCAUCUCUCAGAGCUAAGCUUCCAAAUACAAAGUUUGGACAGGGAUAUGGGAUGACUGAGGCAGGUCUGUUGUCCCUGAGCUUAGGGUUUGCCAAGGAGCCAUUCAACAUAAAAUCUGGAUCAUGUGGAACAGUCCUUAGAAAUGCUGAGAUAAAAAUCAUUGAUCUAGAAUCUGGUAAAUCUUUGCAUAGAAAUGAAGCUGGAGAAAUCUGUAUCAGAGGACCACAGAUCAUGAAGGGCUAUCUGAACAAUCAAGAAGCAACUCAAAGAACCAUUGACAAAGAGGGCUGGUUACAUACAGGAGACAUUGGAUAUAUUGAUGAUGAUGAUGAGCUCUUCAUUGUGGAUAGAUUGAAGGAACUCAUCAAGUACAAAGGGUUUCAGGUUGCCCCUGCUGAGCUCGAAGCCAUUCUAAUCAAUCAUCCAAACAUCUCUGAUGCUGCUGUAGUCCCCGUGAAGGAUGAGGCAGCAGGGGAGGUGCCAGUUGCAUUCGUUGUGAGAUCAAAUGGGCCUCAAUUAACUGAGGAUGAAAUUAAGGAAUACAUCUCCAAACAGGUUGUAUUUUAUAAAAGGAUUAAGAGGGUUUUCUUUAUUGAUGCCAUUCCAAAGGCACCAUCUGGCAAGGUCAUAAGGAAGGAUUUGGCAAAAAAAUUGGCAUCAGGUGUUCCAGUUUAAUCAGAGAUAUGAAAACUAGCUAGCUCAUUUUCUUUUCAUUAAAUCUUAGAAGAGCAAAUCCAUCAAUAACCAGUCUUGAGCAUUGGCUCCAUAUAUAUGAGUCAAGGUUUGUGGAGGUCUCAAAAAGACAUCCUCUUGCAAGGAUGCUCCAUGUAUUAAUUGUAUAGAUGAACUAUACGUAGUAGUGGUACACUCAAAUAACAACUCUAAUAGCCAAACAACGUUA